AUGGAAUCAAUAGUACUUCCGGAUCCAGAAAUUCCACUGGUAGGAGGUUCUUGUUUGGGAUUGGGUUAUGACUCAACUAGUGGUGACUAUAAGAUCAUUAAAAUUCACACUGAGGAAAAUGGUUUUGAAAUUCUAGCGUUGAAAGGUGGCCGCUGGAGAAUUACUGAUAAACAUCCUCUUGACAUUACCAAUGUGUUGAUGGGUACGCGUUCUUUGGCAUUCGUACAUGAGGCAUUUCAUUGGAUCGUUGUUAUUGGGGAUUAUACUGCGGUUCCAAGAAGAUAUUCUCUGGUUUCAUUUAGUAUUUCAAAUGAAGUGUACGGAGAAAUACCGUUGCCAGAGCAAGUAAAGGAGGGUUUCAAGCUAUGGGUAUUGAAAGACUAUGGUAACAAGGAAUCUUGGAAUGUAUUGUUUACUAUACAUGAUCCCUUGAUCUGUCAUUUCGUAUCGAAAUAUAGGUUUGCAGAUGGUGAAGUCCUAUUCUGGUUCGGUCAUCUUCAAUCACAUGAGACUGCAUUUAGGAUGUCUAGUGACCAUUUGUAUCAUGGCCUCAAAGUGGCCUUUUUGAUGGAAUCGCUUUUACAGAAAGCUUGA